CCAAGUUCCACGUGACUGACAGCACCCUGUGCCUGCACUAAUUCUUGGUAGUGAGCAGUUAAUAGUCAAUGGGUUUGUGUAUCUGGUAAGCUAAGUAAAUGCUAGUGGUAGUAUAGUAGCAGUUGUGGCAGCCUAUGUUAAUCUAAGCCAUCUUUAUUGCCUUUGUGAUGUUAAUCUGGUUGUAAAAGGUCAGAUUUAUAACGCGUUUGUGAAAGCAGUUCUUCUCUAUGCUUGUGAAACCUGAUCCUUUGGAGUUGAGUAUGUAAAGUUACUCAGUUUUUGAUCAUUGUUGUCUCCGACGGAUUGCUAACAUCUAGUAGUAACACCAUUUUGGUAAUUCAGAAGUUCGGCAACGUGUGUUUGGGUACAGUGACUAUAAUUCAGUUGGUGUCAUUAUUUGGGAACUCCAACUUCAUCGGCUUGGACAUGUACUACGAAUGUCAUCCCAGAUAAAUAUUAUUAUUUCGUCCUCAGACACUAAUUCCUAUAAAUUAUAUUCAUCUUCCUUUCUCCAUCUCUUCACAAUCUCAUUAUUAUUGUAUGACGCUUAUAUAUUUUGGUUCCAAUUGUAACAAUGUUAAUCUAUUCAAAUAAUAGUUAUCUCUCUGUACUGAUGUGAUGUAGAAAUCUGAUAUUGAUGGUUAUUUAUACCCGACUGCGUGUUAAUGACAGUCAAAAGGUGAAACUUGUGAUUGUCACAUGGUAUAUUGUACAUUAUGCAUUUUUACGACAUGAUCAAUUCCCUCUCAAAUACGAACAAUACGAAUUACCAAUAAAACAAAGGUGUACACAUCAGUCACCAUAUAGAAAAUUAACAUUUUUCAUACAAUAUGGUUGCUUCAGAAUUUCUCGGUUAUAUUCAAUCAUUUUCUCUGAUCGUGCAAAUUUUCAAUGGAAUGUUAUUGUACUACUUUUAUGUAUGGUUUUAGUAACAAUGAGACAAUAUUUUAUGACUCCAUUAGUAUGUUAUUUACCAACAACAGUGAGUGGAGUCAAUGCAGAUUCUUAUAUAACUAAUCUAUGUUGGAUUGAAGGAACAUUUCCUAUUAAUUUAACAUCUGGAAUUGUACCACAUAAACUACAGGAAUGGGAUGCACUUCGACCGCAACAAAUGAAUUAUUAUCAAUGGGUACCAUUGGUAUUAGGUUUACAAGCUAUACUAUAUUAUAUACCACGUAUUAUAUGGAGUAUAUUCACUUAUAAUCGUACUGGUACAGAUUUACAAAAUUUAAUACGUCAAGCUAAUUUAAUAUCUAAAGAAGAUGGAGAGAAACGUCAAAAAAUGGUACAACAUAUUGCUAAAACAUUAGAAUUAUUAUUAUUCAAUCGUCGGGAAUAUCGUACUACAGAUACAUUAGGUGCAUCAUUUCGACGUUCCAUGGCAUUUAUGCCGGGUAAACGUCAUGGAAAUAAUUUAGUUUAUGUUUAUUUAACAAUUAAAUUGUUAUAUUCAAUUGUUGGAUUCUUUCAAUUAUAUUUAAUGUAUUUCUUUUUACGUUUUAAUUCAUAUGAAGGUUAUUGGUUAUUUGGUUAUCGUAUAUUAUCUGAUAUUAUACAUGGUAAACAAUGGACAGAAACACAAGUAUUUCCUAGAGUUGGUAUGUGUCGGCAUACAUUACAACAUGUUGGUGCUAGUAAUACAUUAUUUGCACAAUGUGUAUUACCAAUUAAUAUGUUAAAUGAAAAAAUUUAUAUAUUUUUAUUCUUUUUUCUUGGUUCAGUUAUGAUAAUGACUAUGUUAAGUAUACCAUUAUGGUUAUAUCGUAUGGGUUUAAAACAACGUCAACGUCAUUUUGUUAGAAGAUUUUUAAAAAUUGCUGAUGUCUAUGAUCGGGAUGAUCCUAAAAUUGCAUUACUUACAGAUCGUUUUAUGGCAGAAUUUCUUAGACAAGAUGGACAUUUUAUUCUACGUAUGUUAUCUAUGAAUGCUGGAGAUUUAAUAACUGUUGAAAUUGUAUGUAAUUUAUUUGCUGAUUAUAAAAAACGUUUUACCGGUAUUGAUUUUCGUGGUCCACCUAUUAUACCAAAAAUGCAUAAAUAUCAUAAUUUUGAUGAUUAUCUAUCACAACAUCCACAUAAUAUUUCAAAUGAUAUAUCAAGACCUAAUAAUAUUGAUAAAAAUCCACCUGGUUUUAUAAGAUUAGAAGAAGGUGGUACAGCGAAUGUACGUCAACGACCAAUACCAUCAGCUCCAACAUUUUCAGAUAAUCCUAUACCACCAGCAUAUCAAUAUGCGACAGGAAUAAAAGAUUCAGAAAUUUAUCCAUUAAGUGUUGUACGGAAUAUGCCACGUGAUACUCCUGUGGAAUCAAGUAAUAAUGUGACAAAUUCAAUCAAUACACCUAAAAAAAUAGAUGAUAAUAUUAUUGUUCAUGAAAAAGAACCAUUGAAUAAAAUUCCAAAAUAUACACCAACGGAGGUAUAAUGUUACUAGGAAGGUGAGGAGAAGCGUAAAUGAGAAAUGGAAAUAAUCCCUAUGUGGUCACUUACUUACUUGAUAAUAGCACAUCAUCUUGUGAUUAUUAUUAAUCAUGGUCAAUAAAUUACGAAUGUCCCUUGUUGGUCAUUCCAUUUGUGCUAUAUAUAUAUAUAUAUAU